AUGAUUGUCCUGAAAGAGCGUGAUGUACACUCUCUACUCUCCAAUAUUUCGGUCCCAGAAUGCAAACGUCUCCGUACCGACUUGCACGACAUUCUCCGAGCAUACUCUUCUACCAAAAAUGUCUCGUCAUCCGAACAAACGAUUCAUCAACCGGAGAGGGUAUCAAUCGUCACAAGAACCGGUAACACCUCGCUCUUCAUGCCAUCUUCCAUCACAACUUCGACAGGCAUUAAGACCGUGACCAUUAGUCCCAAGGGGCUCAAAGGCUGUGUGAACGUCUUUGCGCCGGAUGGAGAACUCCUAGGCAUAUUAAACGCCGAGGAAGUCACUGCAUUCCGGACCUCUCUGGCGGUCAUGAUCCCUUAUAUCCUGUGGCCAAAUACGAAGAGAAACAUUGUGGUAUUUGGGGCUGGUCGACAAGCAGAGUGGCACUUGAAACUUGCUCUGCUGCUCGGCAACGCCAUGCAUGUCACCGUGGUGAACAGGAGCAGCCCUCGAAGGAUGGAGCAACUCUUCGCCGAGCUGCAACGGGAGAAUGCCGACCUUGUUUGUCGGGUGCUGCUGAAGACGGCCGAGGAUUUCGAUUCGCAGCUACAAGAAUGUCUUCUGUCCUCGGAUGUCAUUUUCUGCUGCACACCGUCAACUACACCGCAUUUCCCAUUCAGCUACCUUGAUACCAAGCCUCGCUUCAUCUCGCUCAUAGGAUCCUACAAGCCGUCAAUGCAGGAGAUUGAUUCCGAAACUCUUCUGUCCGGUGGAGACAUCUAUGUGGACACAAAAGAAGGAUGUCUCAUUGAGGCCGGGGAACUAAUCAAGGCCAAGGUCCAAGGAGAUAAGUUGAUUGAGAUUGGGGAAUUGCACAAGACGAAACCCUUAAAAAACCAAGGGAAAAAUGUCAUCUUCAAAUGUGUGGGCAUGGGUAUUAUGGACUUAGUUAUGGCAGGUAGUCUGCUGAGGAUGGCUAUGGAGAAAGGCACGGGCUUGAUAGUUGAAGACUUCUGA